GGGCGCUCCCUAUUAUAUGCCUGCGCCUAGGGACUCCGGGUUCCGCUUGCUUCCGUACCCGGCCCUCCACUCACUCCACGUGGCGGAUGCCGUCGGGAUCAUAUGGCUGUGCAUCACUGACGCGUCUCUCGUUCUGUACCCUAUGCAACCUGUAAAAUUAUAUGUAUACGAUCUCAGCAAGGGGAUGGCGGGGCAGCUCUCCCGCCAGCUAACCGGCAAGCAGAUUGAUGGCAUCUGGCAUACCUCCAUUGUAGUCUUUGGCAGAGAAGUAUUCUACGGCCAAGGCAUAAACACGACUGCCCCUGGUCGCUCGCACCAUGGUUCGCCCUUACACAUAAUAGACCUAGGCGAGACUGCCAUAGAUGAAGACACCUUCGUAGAAUACAUACAAGACAUGCGUGAUCAUUACACCGCGGAUAAAUACCAUCUACUAGAUUUUAAUUGCAACUCGUUUACCAACGAUGUCGCGGGCUUCCUCACUGGGAAUUCCAUUCCUGACUGGAUCAAAGAUCUGCCAACGGACUUCCUUUCCACUCCGUUUGGACAAGCCCUACGGCCCACCAUCGAUUCCAUGUACCGUCGUCCCACACCCGGUGCCACGCCUGCUCCUACUCCGCUUACUUCGGCCCAAGCGCCUGACCCGGCUCUCGCUGCGUCGAUUCUCCAGUCCGUUGCAGAACAAGCCCAGCGUAGCGCAGGUCCUUCGACUGCCCGAGCUUCUACGUCCCUUCCUGCCACAGAAUCCUUAGCCGCGCCGCUGCAUCCAUGCACCAACUCGGCUUCGUUUCGUAAUCUACUCCGCACCCACCGCGCCGUCGUAGCCAACUUCUCCAAUAUAGCGACCUGCAUGCCGUGUCGUAUGAUCGCUCCAAUCUAUGAGGAUCUUGCCAGAAACAAGGGCAUAAGGGUGGGCAAUAACGGCGUCGGUGCUGCCUUCACCAAGAUAGAUAUGAGCACACCGAUGGGGAACCAGUUGGCGUCGGAAUGGGGCGUCAGAGUCAUGCCAACUUUUAUCUUCUUCUUGGAUGGCAAAAAGGUACAUGAAAUGAAGGGCGCAGACGAGAAAGAGCUUAGAACACAAAUUGAUUUACUUAUUUUCCAAGCAUAUCCUCCUCACCCUCAUACAUCGCUCUCGCUUCCUGCUGUUCAGGCACUGUCCCUGAAUCCCAUCUUAUUCACACAAGUUCCCUCCUUGGAUACCGUCAGCACCAAAUUCGCAUCUUUUAUUGACGCCACACCAUGGCCAUCCAACUCGCCACAAUCACAGGAGCAAGUAAAGGCUUCAAUUGCGGGCACAAUAGUACCAUACCUCAAGUCUAGAUUUGCAUCAAAGGCCAACACAACAAGCAAAUCACCUCUUCCAUCUGCUACGCCGGUCUUGAUCAACAUGUGGAUAACAAUAACAGCAGCUUUGGCAUCCGUACUGUCCCCCGAAUCACUCUUCCCCCUAGUUGAUAUGUGGCGCCUUGGCUUCCUCGAUCCAGUUGUUGGGACCUGGUGCGCGACGAACCCCCUAGACCCCAUUCCCAUAUUUUUAUCAAAAGCUACAAACUCGUCCCCGCGUAAUUACACCUUGACGGUGAUACGCAUGCUUUCAAACGCUUUCUCCACGCCUCUUCUCGCGCAGAGAUUGCUGAUCGGCGCUAACAAGGCCAGCCUCACGGCUUUCCUGAUACCGUCACUAUUGCAUGAAGAUGCGACGGUGCGGACUUCUGCCGCAAGCCUGGCCUUCAAUGCCUCCGCGUUUGUGCAGAAGGGCCGAAUCGACAAGGUGAGAAGCGGUGGCAGGACAUUGGCGGAGGACGAGGAUGAAGAUUGGGAGGUGGAAAUGGUCAGCGCAAUCAUUGAGAUGCUAGGAAGGGAAAAGGAAAAUGAAGAUGUUGUGCAUCGGCUGACCGCAUCCCUGGCGUGUUUGUUACGAGUAUCCCCGUUCUAUGAAAAUCAGCUGGUUUCAUUACUUGAAGUUCUUCAGGCCCGUGAUGUGCUGAGGAGCAAGCUCGAAAAAGCAGGUUGUGGGCCAGACGGUGUCAAGAAGGCUGAGGUUCGUAAAUUGGUUGAAGAAGUGGCCACGAAGUUGUGUCCGUAGUAUGAACUUCUAUUGUAAUGGCAGUACUUUGAGAUAUUGUAGUGAAUUUACUUGAUGCGAACUUGGCGAAGAUUAG